AUGUCCAAUUCCAACCUCGCAGAGGUCAUGGGCGACGGCCCUGCUUCCAUAGCCGACAAGCUCACGCUGCUUCCAGGCUACGAGCCCGACUUUUCUGCCGUCACAUUCUGCCUCAAGGAGGAGGAUCACACGUUGGGCAACUCGCUUCGAUACAUCAUCAUGAAAGACCCGCGCGUCGAAUUCUGUGGUUACAGCAACCCGCAUCCCUCCGAAAACAAGAUCCAUCUCCGCAUACAGAUGUAUGACAACGCCUCGGCUCUGGAUGCUCUGCGCGAUGCCAUCGAAAACCUCGACCAGCUCUUCGCUGCCAUCGGCGAAGCGUACGACCGAAGCCUCAGCGCCGGCAACUACGAAACCCACGUCGAACCCAAGCUGGACCACGACCGUCUCGCCCAGAUGGCCGAGGAGGGCAAGAAGCGACGUGCCGAGGAGAAGGCGCAAGAAGCAGAGGCGCGUAACCAGGCUGCGCAGGCUGCUGCCGGUCGACCUAUGUAA